CCUCUAGUUGUGAGGAAGUCCCGUCAUCAUUAAUAUCCCUCUAAUUAUUGAUCUCCGAAACAUGUUUCAUGGAAAUGGGUCAAUUGGAUCCUUUAUGAUAUGAAUAGAAGAAAGUGAUCCUGCAAAAAUAUUUUGUUGUAUUUUCAAAUCUUUUAUGUGUAAAAAUAAAUAUAAACUAAAGAUUUGUUAAAGAGCUGGAUAUCAGUUCUCAAAAGUUCCCACGCUGCUGAUUCUCCUUUAAAUACCCACAAUAUCCAUCAUCUCAAACACACUAACAUACUUCAAUUUCCCACGUUAUCACCAUAUAUCCUUUUCUUUUUCCAUUUUCUGCUCUUAUAAGUUUUGUUAAGUGGAAUUUGAGCAGCACAUAUUGAGAGAAAACAUAAGUGGCCAAAGCAUGGACCACAAGAAGAUCUACAAUCUUGAAACUACAUCUAGUAGUACUUCUUCUGUUGCUUCACAUGAAGAUUUGAGGAGUAGAAUUGAGUCAUUUCAUGCGCGAGAGAACGGUAUUUCUAAGAGUGCGUCUGCAGAAAAGAAACUUUCAUGGCUGCGUUCUCAGAUCAUUGGUGCAGAUGUCGAUUUUGAGACACCCUUUGGGAAACGUAGGCUCACUUAUGCUGAUCAUACUGCAUCUGGAAGAUGCCUUCACUUCAUUGAAAACUAUAUCAUUAAUAAUGUCCUUCCUUUCUAUGGCAACAGUCAUACUAGCGACAGUUACGUGGGAUACCAGACUACAAAAUUGGUGCAUGACGCAGCAGCUUACGUGAAGAAAUGCUUAGGGGGAGGAGAAAAAGAUGCAAUUAUAUUCUGUGGUUCUGGUUCUACUGCUGCCAUUAAAAGGCUUCAAGAAGUCAUGGGGAUUUCAGUCCCUUCUAUCCUAAGAGAAAAAGUACUCUCAAAAUGCUUCCCCAAAGAAACCAAAGAAAGAUGGGUAGUCUUUGUUGGACCUUAUGAGCAUCACUCAAACAUCCUUUCAUGGAGACAAAGUUUGGCAGAGGUUGUGGAGAUUGGUUUGGAUGAUAAUGGCUUAGUAGAUAUGGAAGCCUUGAGGGUUCAGCUUGAGUACUACAAGUCUACAAAUAGGCCACUGUUGGGCUCAUUCUCAGCUUGUAGUAAUGUCACCGGAACUUACUCAGAUACAAGAGCCAUUGCUCGUCUUCUUCACAAAAAUGGAGCCUUUGCUUGCUUUGAUUUCGCGUCAAGUGCUCCUUAUGCAAAAAUAGACAUGAGUUCAGGAGAAAUUGAUGGGUAUGAUGCUGUUUUCCUUAGUCCCCACAAGUUUCUUGGAGGGCCAGGGACGCCUGGAGUCCUUCUAAUGAACAAGGCACUCUACCGGUUGAGAACUUCACCUCCAUCAACUUGUGGUGGAGGGACUGUUGAUUUUGUCAACCCCUUUAAUGAAAAGGACACACUCUAUGUGAAGAACAUUGAAGAAAGGGAGGAUGCAGGAACACCUCCAAUCAUCCAGAAAGUGAGAACAGCUCUUGCAUUUUGGGUGAAAGAGUUCAUAAGUCACAAAGUAAUUGAAAGAAUGGAGGACACCUACAUUGAUAUUGCACUACAAAGGCUUCUCCAAAACCCUAACAUAUGGGUUUUGGGAAAUGUAACAGCCAAGAGACAAGCUGUGCUUUCUUUUCUCAUCUAUACCACCACUUACUCUUCAUCAAGUGAUAGCAAUGGUGAGGAAAGCGAGCUUGACCUAUGGACAGAAACAGGGAUCAAAAGAGAUAAGCCUCUUCAUGGUCCUUUCGUCGCUAAGCUGCUUAAUGACCUAUUUGGUAUUCAAGCUAGAGGAGGAUGUGCUUGUGCGAGACCCUAUGGACAUAGCUUGCUCAAGGUUGAUGAACCUCAUUCUCUUGCCUUCAGAGAUGCAAUUGAAAUGGGCUAUACUGGAGUGAAGCCUGGAUGGACAAGGGUCAGCUUCCCCUACUACAUGUCCAAGGAAGAAUUUGAGUUCAUUCUAGCAGCAUUAGAAUUCAUAUCUAUGUAUGGACAAAGGUUCCUCCCUUUGUAUCAUUUCAAUUGGAGGAGUGGUGCCUGGACUUUCAAGAAAAAAGCUUUCAAUUGUAACCUUUGCUGCUCACAAAUGAUGAAGGUAUUGAACACAGGUUGCCAGGUCACAAAAGAAAACAACCAUGGAAGAGGAAGCACUACUAGAGAAGUUCUUGUUUACAAGUAUGUAAAGUACCUUGAGAAAGCCAAGCGCAUCGCUAAAGGUUGCUAUGACAAAAAAGAAAACAACCAUGGAAGAGGAAGCACUACCAAAGGUCUUGUUUACAAGUAUGUAAAUUACCUUGAGACGGCCAAGCGCAUUGCUAGCCUCCUUCACAAGUUCCCACCUCGACGGCCGAUACCUAAAGAAAUAGACCCCAAUCUUGUACCCUUUAGAGUCUGAAGAGCAUUAGUUUGUUCUGAUCUUUCACCAAUAUGAUCAUACGCUUGUCCAGUGAGGUGCCAAAGAAGGUCUUGUUUACAUGUAUGUAAUACCUUGAGAAAGCCAAGCGCAUCGCCAGUGUUAUCAAAAGCGAAAAGCGCAAAAAAGCUCUAUGGUCAGCUGGGGCUUUAAGCGCAAAGCGCAAAUAAAGCGGGGGCUUUACUGGCGCAAAAAUACAAACAUAUAUAUAUAUAUAUAUAUAUAUAUAUAUAUAUAUGUUUAGUCCAAGACUAACAAUAAUACGCAUGAAUAACAAAUAUAUGGACAAAGAAAUCAUAAAAACAUUACGCUAAAGUGCAAUAUCAAUUAUCUAGUGUCAUCUCUUCAAAAGAGGCUAACUGGCAAGGAACAGUAUGUCUUAGAGCCUUGAUGAUGACACCUGAAGCACACAUAAAGUGAGGCGAAGCGUUCAACAUGUUUUGAGCCUUGCUUCAGGGCUUAAGCGCGCUUUAAGCGCCCCUUUGACAACACUACGCAUCGCUAUAGGUUGCCAUGACACAAAAGAAAACAACCAUGAAGCACUACCAAAGGUCUUGUUUACAAGUAUGUAAGGUACCUUGAGACAGCCAAGCACAUUGCUAGCCUUCUUCACAAGUUCCCACGUCGACGGCCGGAACCUAAAGAAGUAACCCCAAUCUUGUACCCUUAGAGUCUGAAGAGCAUUAGUUUGUUCUGAUCCUUCUCCAAUAUGAUCAUACACUUGUCUAGUGCCUGGUUGGCAAUUCAAAGUUGACAUGUAAUAAACUGAAACAACAAGAAGGCAACAACAACAUACCUAGUGUAAUUUCACAGGUGGGGUCUGAAGAGGGUAGAGUGUAUGCAGAGUCGCAGACCCUAACCCUACCUCGUGGAGAAAGAAAGGCUGUUCCCGAAAUACCCUUAGCUCGAGUGACAUUUCAUAAAUAUUCUGUUAAAGGAAAAUCAAAAUAACGGUUCUAGUCAUAUGAAUUAUUAGUUCAACACAACUAUAACAAUGUGUUACUGUUACAGAUCAACUUAGUAUAUUUGAUCUUCAAUUAAAUCAAAUUUGCAGCUUCAAUCCAAUCAUUGAUCAACAAAAAUGAAUAUGAGUUCUGUUAAAAGUCAAUGUUUCCUCUUGCAACUACUCAUUAGCACUUCUAUCAAAAAUAACAUGAAGAUUAACCCAUUGGAAAAAGAACAAAGACAGCUUUUCAAAUGAAACAGAGAGGAAGAAGUACAACUUGAUGUUGUUUCAAAUGGCUAUGUUGUCAUAUCUUCAGAGUUACUCCAACAAUAGCUCCUAAAAGUUUUGCUGCACUAUCAAAACUCUUGACACGGAAGAAGUUAUUUGCAUCUAGUAAUGCGCAAUUGCUACCUAAUUUUUACGUGCACAACCUGUAAACAAGUUUGGUGAAUCCCAGAACCGCUUCAAAUAA